AUGGUUAUUGGAUUAGUCGUCUUCUUGACGACGACAACAGUGUCGCAUGCCUUCUUCUUCGACAGUAUAUUUGGAACCUCUGCACCGAAACCAGUAACCACGACAACAAAGAGUACCAUUAACGGAAAUACAGGCAUCGCUUUGGAUUACAUGGCCCAUAAAGUAUGUCCAAAACACCUCACACGUAACAAGUACCUAAUGUACUACAGCUACGUCAAACGAUGUUACACUUUUGUCAUCAGUGACCAAGCAGACUGGUUCACGGCAAAAGAAGACUGUUCUGCAAAGAGCGGAAACCUCAUGAAUAUUCACAGCUCACUUGAAAACUUCUUCCUGGGUAUGCGGGACAAAGUAGCUCUCGGAAAUGGCAACACCUACGUCUGGAUAGGUCUGUCCGAUACAUCAUCCCCUGGACACUUCUCUUGGACAAAUGGUCCAUUGAAAACGUACAAACACUGGCACACCGGACAGCCAGCCUCCGGAUUCCCGGGGAAUACAUGCGCGGCCUACAACCAUGACUCACUCGAUUGGUGGACCUUCCCCUGCAACUCCACCAAAUUGGGCUGGGUGUGUGAAUUUGAAUUAAACUCAACAAUGACAACCACAACACUUACAACACUCAAACCUUCAACAUCGGAGUCCACAAUAACGAAGCCCACAACACCAGAACUUACAACAGCCAAACCUACAUCAAAGCCCACAACACCUAAACCUACAACACCCAAACCUACAACACCUAAACCUACAACACCUAAACCUACAACGCCCGAACCUACAACACCUAAACCUACAACACCUAAACCUACAACACCUAAACCUACAACACCCGAACCUACAACACCUAAACCUACAACACCUAAACCUACAACGCCCGAACCUACAACACCUAAACCAAAAGUUGAAACUACUCCACCACCAACGACAACGACUACCGAGGAAGCAGCAGGAAUUAUCAUAAUAGGAUAACGGUCGGUUUUAUAAGCCGCCUCAA